AUGUCUACGGUCAUGUCGACGGCGUUCAUGGUCGAUAGUAUCCUGCAGGAUAAGGACGUGGUAAGCGAGCGACCGGAUGGGGCCAGCUCACCGGUCGGUGGCCACCAUCCCGGCGGUGGUCCGCCGGCCGACCACUCGCUCGCCUCCGUCUCGGACAGUUCGGACGAGUUCGAAGAGCCCAAGGAUUCGAGCAGUGUGUGUGAUUCGCCGAAAAGUUUCCACAGUUUGCAUCACCACCAUUCGGGGUCGUACUCGGACGACGAACUGGCGCCGGGACCACCGGCCAGGGUGCUGCGGGUGCCACCGUUCCUGCGGGGGCCGGAUCAUCCGGACGACGGUGGGCCGCUGGAGCCGAUGGACUUUUGCUGCGCCAAGUGUGGCCACUGCCAGCCGGAGCUGACACCCCACAAAUCGCCCCGCCGGGUAUCGGCGGGCGAGAGUAACAAUAACCACCAUCACCACCAAGGGAGCGACGGAGGCGGCCCGGGUAGUAGCGAGUACGAGUUCCGGUGCGAAAAGUGCGGGUGCGGCGAGUACGUCACCCCGAAGCAGACAAUCCUAAAGGAGAGCACCAAACCGGUGCUCAAGUUCAGCGUGUCCGCCAUCCUUGGCGACAGGAAGGAGUGCGUGAAAGUGAGGAAUGAAUUCAUUCAACCACAGCACCUUUGGCCUUACAUCCAGCAGAACCUGAUUCAGCAGAAUCAUUUGGCGAACCCCGCGUUCCUGGCAGCCCAUCCGCAUCACCAUCCGCAACACCACCAUCCGCAGCACCACCACCACCACCAGCACCACCAGCAGCAGCACCCCAACAAUCACCAUCAGCACCACCAACAUCCGUUGUCUCCCCAGAAUCACCCCCAACAGCAGCAGCCCCAUUUGGCGGUCAAUGGCGGCAUGGUAGGGAACGGACCGGCCGGCGGUAGUCCUACCGGACCGGGAAGCUUACUGGCCACCGCGCAGCACCACCACAGCAGCAGCAACAGUGCGAGCGAGUCGGGCAGUCUACCCAACAGCCCGGACCUGCAGGACGACCCCGCUGGCCGGCUGGCCGUGGCCGCGCUCCAGCCGAGAGAUAAUAAAAUCAUCGCCAAACCACUCCCCAGUCGGCCGACGCCCUUCCUGCACCACAGCCUCAACCAUCCGCACCUGCACUCGCUGCUGGCCCACUGCCGCAACCCGUACAUGCCAGGAGGACCCCAGGUGUUUCCGCUGCCACCCGGGCAGGGCUUUCCGUGGGCACACUCGACGCGAGGGAAACCACGCCGGGGGAUGAUGCGACGUGCCGUGUUCUCCGACUCGCAACGCAAAGGGCUGGAGAAACGGUUUCAGCUGCAGAAGUACAUCAGCAAACCGGACCGCAAGAAGCUGGCCGAGCGACUGGGCCUCAAGGACUCUCAGGUGAAAAUAUGGUUUCAAAACCGUCGCAUGAAGUGGCGCAACUCGAAGGAGCGAGAGCUGCUGGCGAACGGCGGAUCGCGCGAUCAAACACUUCCGAACAAGAACAACCCCAACCCGGACCUGUCGGACGCACGGACCGAUCGGCAAUCGUCCCUAUCGCCUGCCCCGUCAUCCCCGGCGCCAGGAGCGACCCUCGGCUCGGACCAGCCGCCACCGCCAGUUUCGGCCGCGCAACCUACCGCAACAACACCGUCCUCGUCGCCCAAGAUCAGCCCGCCGAUGAUCACGUUCAAGUCAAAGUUCGAACUCCUGAAACCCGGGGCCGACUUUAAGUAUGAUUUUGACGAUCACUCGACGUCCGCAAGGCCUCCGCCUCCGCUGGCCACGGGUCAGCCAGGAAGACAGGAAUCUGCGUCGCAUUUCGGAGGACCCCUGGCCGGCUUCUACCCGCCACCGUCGUCGGCCCUCGUCGACCGAGAGCCUCUGCUACGGUUAAGCCCCGGGACAGGCGGUUCGACCGUCGCCGGUGGAUCGGUUCGUUCCAGUAGCAGCGCAUCGUCCGACCCGAACAGUGGAGGUCCUGGCGGCGCGGGAGGAUCGAGCAUGUACUACGACGAGUACGAAUCGGAGGGCGACUCCGACGAUAGCGACAAGGAGAUCAAUGUCACGUGA